CCGCCGCACCCAGUGAGCGGGACGCCACGCGACAACUAGGUCGUUGGUGAACUGCUAUGAUGCGUCGAGCGCGCAUGUCCGUUACUCAUCAACUCACUGACGCCGUGCUUCCGAUCAGCCGUUAAACUCAGCGUUCGCUUUACGUUAAUUCGCUAAUUGUCGUCAGGCCCUUAAGGCGCCACCUAAAGGGUCCUUCUGUUCAACAGGAACGGCCCUGAGCGUAAACAUGUGCUGAUCUUAAACUGUUCACAAGCGACACCUGAUGACAGUUAACAGCCGCAUUAACGCGCGCGCCUGUUUCCGUCCCUGCUCCUGGAACAUGCUUCAUCCUGACAGACUGAAUGGGCUCUGAGGUGUGUCCAUUCUGUGGGAAAACGUACAAACGGCUCAAGACUCACCUGCCGCAUUGCAAGGCAGCAGGAAGCUGCCGAGCACCUCCAGCUCCACAUGAGGCCCCUCAACUGAACACGGCCACAAACAAGAGCGAGGAUGUGUCUGUGGGAGCGUCCCAGAAACUGCCAUCAGCGCCAGUGGCGUCUGCCUCACGUCCUCCAUCGGCCAAGAAGACAAAACAGAAGGUGUCUGAGCAGAUUAAGGCGGCCAUCACUGUUCCUGUUUCUACUAAAUCCAAAGCACCCAAUGAUGCAGGCAAACACAUUAAACCCAGAGAUGCUCCUAAAAAGAACACGCCACAGACAAAGACGGACGCAGAGUCUCCUCCUAAAGAGGCCUCUGACGCUCUGCAUGGCUCCAGAAACGCGCUCUGUGUGGACCAUGGAGCUGGGCGUUUAUCUCAGCGUUCACCCGUCAGACCAGGAAGUGGUCAUCAGGGCACGAUCACCCUGCAGGGUGUCAAAGCUGCAUUAGGUCGAGCCAAAGCCGUCAGUCAGAGCAGCGUUGUGAGCAUCAGCAACCAGCAGCGCGACGCUGCACCUGAGCCCCAACCACCCUCCACUACGCCCCCGCUCCUCCCAGGUCAAAGGUCACGUCACGCUGUCCACCCUCUGUUUCACACAGUCAGCACAAGCGAGGGGUUAAAGGUGACUCGUCACAUGACGGGACUCCUGUCGGUGUCACCAGAACCCGCUCUCGGUCCAGCGCCAGCUCUCGGUCCAGCACCCGCUCUCGGUCCAGCACCCGCUCUCGGUCCAGCACCCGCUCUCGGUCCAGCACCCGCUCUCGGUCCAGCACCCGCUCUCGGUCCAAAACCCGCUCACGGUCCUGCGCUCGCUCUCGGUCCAGCGCCGGCUCACGGUCCAGAACCCGCUCACGGUCCAGCGCCGGCUCUCGGUCCAAGUCCUCGCUCCGUCCAGCUCCCACCUGUUUGGGUGGAGGCGCUGAGAGCUGGUGAAGGACUGGUGACAGAGAGGCUGCAGCUCAAGGUCAGGGAAGAAAGCAGUGCAGGUGCUCUGACACAGCGGCGUCUUGGACAGGUGAGACUCAGGGAGUUACCUGAGUGGCUGGUCUGCAGAGCCCCCAGAACGCCCAGAGAGCUGGUGGACACGGUGCACAGAGGUUGGCAGUGGUACCACAGGAGGUACAUGGACGUGAGGCGGGGCGGUGCCGGUGGACUGGGCCUGCUGCUGGCUGGAGUCUGUGUGCUCAGCUACGUCUGGACCUACCCCCACAUCAAGCGUGAGCGCUGGAGGAAGUACCACUGAGGUCAAGGGAAGGUGUUUGGACAAGUGUGACGCUGUGUGUAAACAGCAGCUGCAGCAGAGGUUCUGCUUUCACACAGCAGUUAGAAGAAGACCGGCGUGUUCACAUCUGUACUUAACACAGAGGACAGUGUGGGAGGCAGCUGUUUGCCCAAACUGGCACAACUGCUGUUUGUGCACUAUUUAUAUGUUAAUCUGUAUUUUAAUUUAAUUUGUGCUGAAGUCAGAAUAAUUUCGCCUGCAGCCACUAGGUGUCGCUGUUGUGUUGUUGGCUGGACAGACAGAUGUUUUCUUAGCUGCUUUGUGCAGAGGCACCAGCACAGUGUGAGCCUGAUACGAUCUGAGUGUGGAAGCACAGAUACUGAACCUAAGAUGUCUCCACACAGUGUAGCAGUGUAGUCUGUGUUUCUGUUAUAUGCAUGAAUAGUAAUGGAGCGACGCUGGAGGAGGCUCAGACAGACGGAUUUGUCGUAUUCAAAAUGAAUUUAUUUGACUCUUUGCUGCUGUAGUGAACUCACGUUAGCUACAAAUGAAGGAACGACAGCAGUUGUGUUCUGACGUUUCCUGAUGCCACUUCUUGGCCACAUGUGCGUGUGUUGUUGUCUUUUUUUUUGUACAUUCCUUUUUUUUCUUCAUACAAAAAUUAUAAAUAUUGUGUUUCAA